AUGGCGCCGGACACCCCUCUCCACCCAGCAGAAGCCACGUCAAUCGAUCUUCUCAAGGGCAAGAUUGAUGGGGAGCGAAGAUACGGAUAUUACGUAAACGGAAAACAGAAGAGAAUCCUUUUAAACGCGUUUGAUAUGAACGGCGUUGGACAUAUCAGCAUAGGACAGUGGCAGAACCCAGAAGACAAGAGCUCACACAAAAAUCGCUUGCCCUACUGGAUCGAGUUAGCGCAGCUCCUUGAGAAGGGCAAGUUCAACGCUUUAUUCUUAGACAACUUCGGAAGCCACGAUGUGUACCAGAAGAGCCAUGCCCCUGCCAUUAGAUCGGGAACCCAAUGGCCACUUUAUGAUCCAUUCGUGGCCAUCUCGGCUAUGGCUGCUGUCACCAAGAGCCUCGCUUUCGGCGUCACAGCAUGCACCACUUUUGAGCCCCCGUUCAUUCUGGCCAAAAGAUUUUCGACCUUGGAUCAUGUCACUGAAGGCAGAAUUGCGUGGAACAUUGUCACCUCCUGGAGUGACAAUGCUACCCGAGCUAUGGGCCUGGAAAAGCUUCCGGAACAUGACCUUCGUUAUGAGAUGGCGGAUGAGUAUUUAAGCCUAGUUUAUAAACUCUGGGAGGGGUCAUGGGCAGAUGAUGCUGUGGUCAAAGACUCCAAAACAUCUACGUUUACUGAUCCUUCUAAAGUCAAGAAGAUCGUGCACCAAGGACGGUUUUUCAAAUCCGAGAGUGCUCAUCAGGUCGAUCCCAGUCCUCAGAGAACCCCUCUUCUUUUCCAAGCUGGCAUGUCGCCAGCUAGGUCAGCAUUUGCUGCAAAGCACGCAGAGUGCAUAUUCAUCGGCGGCCCCAACCCGGCAUUUCUUGCGGGCAAGAUCAAGAAGACCCAAGACCUCGCCGCUGCACAGGGCCGAGAUCCAUACGACAUCAAAUUCUUCAUUCAGUUUACCCUAAAUCUUUCUUCCCUUCUAACUUUUCUUCUUCGCACUUUAUAG